AUGGCAGCUUUGACGAUACAACGGACUGACAACUUUCUGCACACCUUUUUACAGGACCGGACCCCCAGCUCGUCCCCAGAGGGAGCCCCCAACGCCCUGUCCUUGGCCACCACCUGUAGCCAGGCCUGGCAGGAUGGUUCCCAGUUUCCCUAUGAGGGGUCCGUGAGGGUGGGCGCAGCCUCCGGGAUGUUCCAACUGUGGAGCAACGAGGUGGCGGUGGCCCCUAGUUCUAGUCUCAGUGCCUCCAGCAUCACUGCAGCUGCGGCCGCCCACCAGGCCAUGACGUUAACGGUGCCCAAGGUCAAGUUCUCUGUUGGAUGUGGACACAGUCUGCAGUCUGCCCUGGGUCCUCACCCCCACCCCCACGCGCUCCACCAUCACCACCACCAUCACCACCACCACCACGAGCUGCCCCUGACUCCGCCGGCCGAGCCUCCGUCCGCCUACUCCUUCGAGCUCUCUCCAGUCAAGGUCCUCUCGUCCCAGAGCCAGGGCCCCAACGGGCCGCCCUACUACCCUCAACACAACGCAGUCUCUGUGGGACAGAACUUCCCCAGCUUCCUCCAGAACUCUGUCUCUUCUGCCAGGCACCAUCUAUCCGGAGGACACCACCACGUGGGGGAGGAGGGCCAGCAGGGGUGGUGGAGCCUCCCCCAGACCACUGGCUACAGCAGCUCCUCCAACCACCCCCACGCCUUCUCCCUGGGCCGGCAGCUGGUCAUGGGUCAACAGCCCCAAAUCACAGCCCUCCUCCAGGGCACCUCCAAGGGCCUGUUAUCCUCCACACGCCGCUGCCGUCGCUGCAAGUGCCCCAACUGCCAGGCCAACGGCGGGGGACUCGAGUUUGGCAAGAAGAGACUGCACAUCUGUCAUAUCCCAGAGUGCGGCAAGGUGUACAAGAAGACGUCUCACCUGAAGGCCCACCUGCGCUGGCAUGCCGGGGAGAGGCCGUUCAUCUGCAACUGGCUGUUCUGCGGGAAGAGCUUCACCCGCUCCGACGAGCUACAGCGCCACCUCAGAACACACACCGGAGAGAAGAGGUUCGGAUGCCAGCAGUGUGGGAAGAGGUUCAUGAGGAGCGACCACCUCUCCAAACACGUCAAGACCCACCAGAGUAGGAAGAGCCGGUCCGGUGGGAACACGUCAGGCUCUCUAUUGGCCAAUAUCAAGAGAGAGUAA